AUGGCCGAGAGUGUCGCCUCCCACGACGAAAACAAGGCCGAGAAGAAGUGGGCCAGCUUCGCGGACUCGCUGAGAAAUUCACAGACCGGUAAGCGAUUUGAUGACUUUGGCGAUUCGGUGUUUAGGCAGUAAAGCAGCUGAAAAAUUGAUUGUAGUGCUUUCACAGGGCUUGAAAGCCUUUUAGAAGUGACAAGGGAAUAACCACAAGUCCGACACCUAGAUUGUCUUAGAAUUUGGCACACACGUGGCCACAUAUUGAGAUGAUAUGUGGCAAGAUUCACGUAGCUUCUCAUUCAAAUUUUAGCUCACACUUUUCGAGGAAACCUUUGCCGACUUCUGGCCUAAGAAACCUUUGUCGUUUUCGCAAAGCGCGAGCUAAGAAAAAAAUCAGUCUAAACUUGCGCCAGGGCCACUGAAAAGGACAAGAUUUUCUCAAAUAUAGGGGGUAUUUGAGCAAAUCUUUUUUAUCACAGCCCGAGGGCUUAGAGUCAAAAGUCGCUAGCGAUUUAGAAAUCUUGUCGAAAAACAUUUUUUUUUCUCUGUCUCUAUAAAUUUAGCGCACUCUGUUUUCCAUGGCAACAGCUGAAUAUCAGUCUGUCGGGGAAAUAAUGUGGAUUUGUCGCAGAAAAAUGUCUCGCCUCAUCGCACUCGCUCAUCACUAGCCGCGGCUAGCCGUCGCACAGGCAUGAUGAGCGAUUCCAAGGCGCAAGGACAUUAUUUUUCCGACAGAGUCAUAUCUCGGCUGUUCCUGGCAAGAGCGAAUUACUUUGUUAGUUUUUUGAGGAAGUGAUAUGUGACUAGACAUCAAAAAAUUUCAACAUUAUGUGAGCAUUUUACAGGGUGGGCCACUCGAAACGGGUAACUUUUUUCUUUGAAUUUCUCAGCGGAGACUCCGCCAAUUUUCCUAAAAUUUUGAUUUUUCUGGAGCUGAGACCUGCCAUUCUCGACCAAUUGAAUUUCAAAAAAAUAUUUGAAUUGACCUUUCUAUGCCUUUCCAAAGUACUUUUAACACUAUCCUCGUCAAUAGCAUCAGCAAAAACGCUCAAAACCCUUCUCUUUCCAAAAAUAAUAUCCAAAGACUUGCGCUGACUCAACUCCCCGACUUUCAGGUGAACUUUUGCCCAACGGAACAAUGUCAGAGCCCCGCGAAGAGGAGGAGGUGGCGUCGCCAAAUUCCCGAAAUUCCAGUGGCUCAACUUUACAGCCGGAAGAGGAAGGCGGCUUCGAAAUCGUGUCCCACAACAAAAAGUCAAAGAAAACACAGAAACAAAUCGACGACAAAAAGCCGGCCGAACGUCGCCCCAGGGCGCAGACGGUUGGCGCGACUUCUGCACCCAAAAUCGAAAAGAAAAAGGAGCAAAAAGAGGUUGAGCCGGCGGCCAAGGAGGUUGUUGUUAAGGAAGUUCCGAAAGAAGGUGAGUAAAGCGAUUCUGUGUUUUCUACUGUGGUCUUGAAGCUUUGAAGACGAUUUUUGAUGACGUAAAAGUCUCGAAAAGCGUUUUUAUGAUAAGAAAAGGCUUGAACAAACAAUUUGUGUUUGUGAAUAUCAAUCUGUCGGGAAAAUAAUGAGCACUGUCGCAUUGAAAAUGGCAUCGCCGCCAAGGAAAUAAACUGCAAAAUCAAAUUGCUUUUUUUACUUCAACGAUGCGAUCGGCGCAGAAACAGAAUGCUCAUUAUUUUCCCGACAGACUGAUAUCAAUGUUGGUGGCCAUCUCAGAUGAGUAAUGGAUGAAAAUAAAACAAAUGUUUGGACCGCACGGAGUGGGGCCCAGUCAGCCGUGGAAAGUUUAUUUUAUCGAAAAAGUUAGGAAGUGAUUGUUCGGAAUUUGCAAGAAAUGUAUUUUUGGAAUCACCAUGUAUCCUAUUUCUUGGUGGAUUUCUACUUUUUACAAUUGACCCUCAGGCAAUUUGCAAUAAUAAUUUUUUUAAGUUUUGCCCAAGUCAGGUUCUUACUGCGAAAAAUUGUGAUUUUAGAAAAGCCCUGAGGGGAUAUGGCUAUAAAAUUUAUAUAGUCAUUGUAUAUGAUCUCUGACGAUUCAGUAUAUACAAUUUUGUGGAUUGCCAUCGAUUACCUUCAUAGUUAUAGCCAAAAAAAAUCUUUCCAUAGCGUAUAGGCUGAGUUUAACAAGGUUUUGCAAAAUUUACCCUCCUUUGCUCAUUUGAAAUGGCCGUCAACCUUGCUAACAACACGACAAUCCCUUUGUUUUUGACCUUUUUCGUCAUAAUCAGAUGUUUUGAAACUUUUGAAGGAUCAAAAACCAUCUUCCAAGUUUGUUUUGCCCGCAUUCCUUACUCAUCCAGUGAAUUCUUUUGUCUUCUCUCCGAAUUGCUACGCUCUCCUCGCAAAUCCGCCGACGAUUAGCCAACUCGUGUAACACUAUCUGCAACGCGUUAUGAUCCCCGGGAACCUGGAGAUCAUAACGCCCUCAGGUCCUCGGAAAAAAAGAGCUGCAGCUUGUUUGCCAACCUGCGGACAAGCGGCGGAGGUGCUUAAGGAGCAAGAUUUCUGGGGUGGUCAUCUUGCGAGCGGAGUGCGAAAAGAUAUCCCACACACGGGAACGACGAAAACAUAGGAAUUUUUGGUGGGGCCGAAGGGGGGUUUAAGGGGCGCCGCUUAAGCCGGAAGAUGUUUUGGCCUCUUUAACACCUCGCUUAAAGGCACUCGCCUUUGCGGCGAGAAGUUUGGUGGCUUUUUCGGAAUGUGUUACUCUUUCCAGACAAUAGGCAGUCUUUUUUGCCGCGAGAAGCAGGAGGACCUUUUCCUGGUUCGUGCUUUUUGCGGGGAUUUUUUCGGAAGGUUAGGCGUUUUGGAAGAAGAAGCAGGACCUAUAACGGAUAUGGAAUGCAGGUAUUAUAGCUCAGGAGUUAUAUCAUUCUGUCGAGAAAAUAACUCGACAGAAUGACGGGCUCUGUAGCAAGGAAAAUCGCAUCGACGCCAAGAAAAUAAAUUGUCUUCGCGGCAAAAUCAAAAUGUUUUUCACUUCAGCGACGACAUUGGCGGAGCGUCAUUGGGCUCAUUAUUUUCCCGACAGAUUGAUAAAUCUUUGUGUGUCCAGAAAAUGUGUCACGAUGACAGGCAUUUAAGAUAUCACAGUGGUAUAAAAAACGGCUGUAUAUGGCUAGGAGUUGCCUCUAGUGUGCACAUAAAAAAUUUUAGGCUCAUAUCUUUUGCGACGUUCAAUUUGGAUCAAUUUGGAUGACGGAUUUUUUCUGGAUUUUGAUGGAUUUUUUCUAUGUCGAGAAGGUUUCCAAUGUCAGAUUUUUUUAGCAUACUCUAAAGCGUGCUACUAGCCAUAUACAGCCCUUUUUAAUACCACUGGCACAUUUUAAACAGGUGUCAUCGUGACAGAUUUUCUGGACACGCAAAGAUUUAUAAGACCCGAGCCAUAACUCGGUCCGACAGGCUCGUUGGCAAGUUUUUUGUCGUAUUCGAGCCACAUUCCAUAUGAUUUUCGGCUGCUCUUUGUUUUAUCCCACCCAUUCGAGCCUCCCAUCAUAUCCUAUCAGCCGCCGCUUCCCCGCGAAGAGCGAUCGUUUUGAAACACGGAAAUGACGCCUUCACAUGUUACGAAUCCUUUCCGCGAGUCCUCGUUUUACUGACCCCUCUGCGCCUAACGUUUUCGCCCCAUAACCGACGCGGGUAGGCAGAGAAAAGAAGAGGGGUGGAUCAGCGACUCUCUCCCGUUACCUCCCUGCUGCAGCAAUCGCUCCCCCACUCGACGCAUUAGCGGCGGCGGGAAAAGAGCGAAGAAAAGAAAAAAAAACGUUUCGCCCUCCAUUCCUCUCUUUCUCUGCGUCUCUCUCGCCCGCCACAGCGUCUCUCUCGCUCCCCUCUUGUCGCUGAUCUUUCUCACCGGGCGGUGGAGAGAUCGCUGCGUCCCCGGGGAGCGUGUUGCGUUCCUCGCGGGACGCAGAGGCGAAUGCGGAGAGCGACAAACAUUCAGUCGGCUGCGAUGCAUUGGACCCUGUCGAUUUCAGAGCCCGCCAAACCCACCGCCGACGAAGCCGAACACGACGCCUCCAAUCACAGCUCGGACAGCGCAUUCGCCGAGAAUGUAAGUGAUCGCCGCUUUUCCACCCCGAUAUCGGGGAAAACUUGAAAAAUUUCGGGGAUUUUUGGGGCAUUUCAUAAGUUUUGGUUGGAAAUAAGUCGAAUUAAGGCUAAAUUAAGGCUACUCAACUUUCUACAGACCUUAUACAGACAUCUAGCGACUUGUUUUGCUCGAUUUAGCCCAUUUUCCGACAAAUGCUCGGCCGUUUCUCCCACAAAUCCGCUGCAAAAACUAUAUCGGAAAGUUCAUGAGCAGCGGCCCUCUCUCGCUCUCUCUCUCUUCGGCGGGCUGAACAAUCUUUUCUCUUUUUCCGAGAUUUGAAGAGGAAGUAGGUGGUUUGAGCCGAAAAACGAAAGGAAAUAUAGCGAGAGAGGGUGUUAUCAUUGUUUUGGAUGCGGAAUGAAGGGGAAUUUUUAAAUCGAUAAUUCAAUUUACGCUGUUUUAUGGAGUCGCUGUAUAGCGAACUGUAAAGAGUUCGUGAAAUCAAAAAGUGUUGUUAUAUAAAGGUUUUGCUGUAGAAAGGUUUGUUUUGCCCAAAAUUGGGAUGUUUGAUAAAUUUCGAACUAAAAAUCUUUGCGAACGGGCUAGUAAGACAAGUCCUGGAUUUCUAACGCGCACCCUGCAGAAACCAUGAAGAUUUUUUGGCUCAAAAUUUGGCAAAAGCCCCAAUUUAGGGGAAAGAACUUUCUAUAACAAAACCCCUAUAUAGCAAAAAUUUUUUGUCCGUAAUAGAAGGCUCCAUAAGACAGCGGAAGCUGAAAGUGGCCGACUUUGCAAAGUUUCAUCAAAAUCCCGAUAGUUGGGCCUAGAGCAAAUUUGAUGUCGUGGUUGUACCGAUCAAGCCCUAACCCGCACAUUUCAGCCGUCGCCCAGUCACGGUUCCUCCACCUCGUUGCACUACGCCGCCGACGCCGAAAACCAAGAGCUCUCGGACUCGGUGGUGGCGCUCAGCGACGAAGAGAAGUGGCCCGAACUCUCCGUGGCCACCAACUCGAACCUGGUGCGCGGCCCCCUGAACCCCGGGUCUAUGUCGUCGCCGGUGGCGAGCAAGAAGCUGCAUUCGCCCAAGUCGUCCGAGCAAGACGACGAUCUCAGCGCCCAGCGCCGCAACUCCAAAACACAUUGGCGAAAGGUGGACAUUGAUGUGAGCUAUCAGCCCGCGAACGCCAAACGGCCCGGUGCGAACGGGCGAGCGAACAGACCCACCCAACCGCAAAGCCAUGCGUCGUUGGAUUCGGCGGACUUGAAGCGCCGCACAGAGGGCAGGAAGUCGAUGCCGGGUCGCCAGUUGAGCCAGAAAUACAAUAAUUCGGAUAGCACCGGCAAUAGUGAUAAUGGCGCGAAGGAGGAGGAUAAGGAACGGGCACAUAAGAGGUAAGCUUCUAAAGAUACUAGAAUAUCGAUAUAUAGGAUGAUAGCUACAUUUAUAAGAUUGAUACUAGUCGCGCUCAAAAGUCCUGACAUUUUUUGCACCGUGCGAAAUUUCGGGGUUUGGACGUCGCUCCAGCAAAUUCGGGUUUGUCGCGGCAAAAGUGCACGUCGCAAGUGCAAAAACGGGAAAUCGCGGCGAUAAAUGCGAAAAGAUGCACCGUGCGGAUGAAAAUGAAAGAGAAAGCACGGUGCGAAAGUUCGGGUUUUGGACGCCGCGCCCGCAAAUUCGGGUUUGUCGCGCGCGAAAGUGCAUGUCGCUAGUGCAAUCGCGGCGACAAAUGCACCGUGCGGAUGAAAUGAAAGAAGAAUGCACGGUGCGAAAAAUGUCAGGACUUUUGAGCGCGAUUAGUACUAGUCGCGGAAAAAAGUCCUGGGAUUUUCUCGCGCCCCCCAAAUUCCGUCGCGCCCCGAAAAGUUGAUUUGUCGCGGGAAUCGCGCGCGACAAUAAGCCAAAAUCAACAAAAUUGCACUGUGCAAAAGCACUUUUCGGGUUUAUGCACAGUGCAGAGUCACAGAAAAAUCCCAGGACUUUUUUCCGCGACUAGUACUAGUCGCGCCAUAAAGUCCUGACACAUUUUGCACCGUGCGAAAGUUCGGGGUUUGGACGUCGCGCCCCCAAAUUCGGGUUUGUCGCACGCGAAAGUGUGCAAAAACGGGAAAUCGCGGCGACAAAUGCGAAAAAUUGCACCGUGCGGAUCAAAUGAAAGAAGAAUGCACGGUGCGAAACUUCGGGUUUUGGACGCCGCGCCUGCAAAUUCGGGUUUAUCGCGGGCAAAAGUGCACGUCGCUAGUGCAAAAACGGGAAUUCGCGGCGACAAAUGCGAAAAGAUGCACAGUGCGGAUGAGAUGAAAGAAGAUUGCACGGUGCAAAAUGUGUCAGGACUUUAUGUCGCGAUUAGUACUAGUCCUUCCGGAAAGUCGCCGGACUGAUUUUUGGCGUUUGCACUGUGCGAAAAAAGUCAGGGUGCGAGCGACAGCCCCAAAAAGCCUAUUGCACAGUGCAAAAAGCCAAAAAUUGCACAGUGCAAAGUGAACUUUCGAUUUCGCAGAGUGCAUGUCGCCGAUUUCCGUCCGGCGACUUUCCGGACGGACUAGUAUCAGUCUGUCGGGAAAAUAAUGGGUACUCUAUCGCAUUGAAAAUCGCAUCGCCGCGGAGAAAAUCAAUAGUGUUGCGGCAAAAUCGAAUUUCUUUUCACUCCAGCGACAUUGUGCUCACUAUUUUCCCGACAGACUUAUUAGAUGCAAUUGAUAUUAUACUUUAAAUUGAAUAUUUUACAAGUUUCAUGCCAUGUUAGUGGCUUCUUUCAUGCCAAAGACCUUGUUGUCCCGAUAGCUUAGAGGUUAGAGCUUGGGCUGGGCCUCAAAAAGGUCCACGUUCGAGUCCCAAUAACUGAGAAUUGACAAGAAUAGUAAACGAUGACGAGAACGUGCCACGGAUGAACAUUGAACGGCUCUAGCUGGCUUCGCAGUUAGCUGGAGACGUUCAUUACGAGUUCACAUGCCGACUAGAGGCACAGGGGCCAUCUGAGUUUACAAAAAUCCAAUUUUUGGGCACAAAGCUCGUUAAAACUUGAGACCUUGAGGAAAAAACUUCAAAAUUAAUCCACUCACGAAAACUUGAGGAAAAAACUUCAAAAUUAAUCCACUCACGAAAACUUGAGGAAAAAACUUCAAAAUUAAUCAAAAAACAUCUUCAGAUACACGGCCAGUCGCUACGACAACGACACCGACGACAGCCAGUCCAACGCCACCUAUACUCAACGCUCCUCCGACAGCAAUGAAAAGGAAGCGUCCGCCAACCAAAACCCAACCUACCAGCAAAACAAUCAGCAGCCACCGCGCCGCUAUCAGCGCUCCAACAACCAACAACGGGGUCCACGGCAUUCCAUGCCCACCAUGCCCUUCUUCCCCCUCUAUUACAUGGGCGAUCCCGUUCAACUCAUGGCCGCCGUCCAGCAGCAACAGCAGCAGCAGCAACAGCAGCAGCAACAAAGCCAGCAGGACGGGCAGAACGGCCUCGGCGCGGUGAACGGCGCCGCCAACAACAACUCGGUGAACACCACCUCCGCCGCCGCCUUCAUUCCCAUCACACAGAGCAAUUUGUUCUACAAUGUUCCCACUGCCAACUUCUUCAUGCCUUUCCCGCCCGCCGCUCUUGCUCAAUUCAAUGGUAAAGGCUUUUCUGUGGGCUGUGUGACGACCUGAUCCAGUGGCAAAAAGCGUACCAUUUUGCCACUAGGAAGUAUCAAGAAAAUGUGACAAAAUACCUCCCUCUCCAAGUGAAAAAGACAGAUUUCAAAAGCGCGCCCGCUCUUUUAGUGAUUGAACGGAGUUUUUAAAUUGGACAGGGAAGCAUUUUGCCACAUUUUUUGAUACUUCCCUGAUAGAAAGUGGACAAAUCUUAUUCAGUGUGGCCAAACUUGGCCAAUUCGAAAAAGGGUGCGCCUUUCAAAACAAAGUUUUUUUUCACUUGGAGAGGGAAGCAUUUUGCCACAUUUUUCAUACUUCCCGGAUGCAAUUUGCCACUGGAUCAGGUCCCCCACUAUAGUACCGCCUGUGUGAUAGUAGUCGUAUCUUUUUCCCAACGGACCUUUUUCACUUCUAACCCUCCAAAUUUCAGGCCAAACCUCAAUGCCGCAGUACGUGCAGCCGCCGCUCGUGUAUCAGGGAAUGAUGCCGGUCGCCGCCACCACCGCCGCCAACUCCCUGCCCCAAACCAGCACGCCGACCUCGAACGGCCCCACCAGCCACGAGCAGCCGCCGGUCCUGGCGCCGAUCCCCGUGCCGCCGCCGCCGGUCGGCCAGUUCAUGGGCAUGCCGGGAAUGGACCCGUUCGGCCUGCCGCCCACCUCAUUCAUUCACACCCAACAAAACUUUGGCUACCCCCUCACCGAGGGCUCGGUUCAGUUCGCCCGCGAGAUUGGCGCGUUGGUGAAGAAGUACUUCCCGAAUGGGACCGAUAAAGUGCUCGGCGACUUGUCCUCGCAUCCAAAAGUUGUUGAGAACUUUGAAAGGAACGACCGCUUGCUGGUUCUCCGAUAUCAACUGUGAGUUUAGAGGCCCUAGUAUAGGAUUUUUAAUACUAUCUCUUUGUCGGGAAAAUAAUGAGCACUCUGUCGCAUCGAAAGUCGCAUUGCCGCCGAGAAAAUGAAUUGUCUUCGCGGCAAAAUCAAACUGCUUUUUACCUCAGCCACACUUUAGGGACAGCGACAAUGUGCUCACUAUUUUCCCGACAGACUGAUGGUUACGAGCUUUUUUGGAGUCCACACGCUAAGAAGAGAUUCUCAGUAUUUUGGGGACAUUUUAUACGAUGAAACAUAUCCAAAUCUCGUUCCCAAAUGUUUCAUCGUAUAAAAUGUCGAUUUAUGGCGACACACUGUAGUAUGGUCCGAAAUUUGUUGAAGUGAUUUUCGCGACACGUACUGUGAGAAAACGUGCAAUUUCUUAAAAUGACCAAUGCUUUGUAAAUUUCGAAGCCAAAUUUUUGAGUUUCUCGGGAAAAUAAUGUUUAGUUGUCGCUUCUUUGUCGCCUAUCAAAGCUAUAAAAAAAACUAGAAGUAUGACAAAUACAGUCAAAAAUGAAAUUUUUUGAAUUCACUCUCGCUUCAGGCAAUUCUACUUCUCCCCGAAGAAUCUUGAGCGUGAUUGGUACCUGUGCUCUCGGAUGGACCCCGACGGCUAUGUGUUGCUCAGCGAUAUCGCCAAGUUCCCGCGGGUCAAGAUGCUGCAUCAGGAGCCCAACGACCUGAUCGACGCCAUUCAACACAGCGACGUGCUGGAGCUGGCUGAUGAGGACAGUGAGGUGGGUGCUUCAAAUCUUUUCUCUCUCUUUGAUUUUUAGGCCAUAAAAACAAUAAAAAUCAAAAAAAAAUUGAGAAACCUCAAAAAUAUCAUGUUUUAGAUGCCGUUGAUCCGAACCCGCCUGAACCCAACCCGAUGGCCCGCUCCCUCCGCCCGAAAACACUCCGAAACCGCCGCCUUGGCCGCUCAGCCCUCCGCCGAACAGCCGGCUCGUCGUCAGACAAUCAGCGAAGAUGUCUCCGUCGAUGAUGUUCGACAAAGGCUGCUGAAGACUCGAAUUCAAGGGAGUGAGAGUCCAAUGCUCAACGGAAACAGCGCCCCUUCGAAUGAUACGAACGAGGUGUUCGAGGAGGACUGGGCCGAUGUGAAGGGAAAGAAAAAACCAAAGAAAGGACGGUAAGGGAGUUGGUUUCGAGGGUCUGGGGAUUUAUGGUGAUAUAAAGGACAAAGUAUCAGUUUGUCGGGAAAAUAAUGGACACAAUGUCGAGAUCUUGCCGCUGAAGUGAAAGAAAUUUGAUUUUGACACAAUUCAUUUUCUCGGCGGAGAUGCGAUUUUCGAUGCGACAGAGUGCUCAUUAUUUUCCCGACAGAUUAGUAUUGUCUUCAAAGGCUUUAAAAACGCCAUAUGGCAAUUAAAAAAUUCGUAGUAAAAAGUAGAUAGCACAGUAAAGCUCAUAUAAUAUGAAUUUGAGAGCAUUGAAGUCUUAGAUUGUUAUUAGAUGGCUAGUAAAAGGGAGUCAUUAUUCGGGAGCUCCAUUUCUGUUCAAAAAAAAAGGAUUUUGAAGUCUUGCAGAGGCCUGACAUUUGGUUUGAACUCUGCAGACACAGUUGAAUAAUUCAGUCAUCUUUUUUCCGACAGAUCUCGGGAAUGCAUGCAAGAGACUCGCUAAUUUUUUCUGGGAUUGAUAUGUGACCCCUAGCGGCUCUACUGGCAAAAAUUUGAAACAAUCUAAACCUUCAUCCUUUGAGUAAUCGGCUAUUGUAAAAUUUCGCUUUUUUCCAAUCAACAUCAUACUUGGCCUCUAAAAGCUCAUCCAUAUCUUUGCAGGAUCUCACACGAAUCCACCGGUGUCAAAAACUGA